AUGCCUCGCGUUAAAAAAGAUUCCAUCGACCCAUCGUCCUUAAAAAGACGUAAACAUGAUUCGUGUCUUGAUCGUAUUCCUGACUUAAAGACAAAACUUAAGGAAUCGAUCAAAAAACAUUUGGAAUCUAUGUCACAACAAGGAGUCGUAUUUCCCACCAAUCUUCCUCUUGAAAUUCUUUUGGCCCCUUCAAAGAGAACGAUGAAAAAUUUAAAGGGAAAAACCGGUGAAAAGAAACGUGCGCAAAACGGUUUCAUAUUGUAUCGAAAAGAUAAUCAUUUUAUUAUUCAAAAAGAUUAUCCUCUCGCAUCCCAACCGGAAAUCUCAAAAAUCGUUAAGAAAAGGUGGGAAACAGAAUCUGCAGAAAAAAAAAAUUAUUACACGAUUCUUUCAAGCGUAGAUUUUUUGGUACAUAACGAAUUAUUUGGAGCUGGCAACAGCGAUUACAAUAUAGAGAGUGCAGAUCAUGGAUCGUCAUCCGACAAAGAGUUCGUGGAUGAUCAAGAUGAUGAACCUUGGAAGAGAGCUGUCACCAUGCCACAAAUGGUAUUGCUUCCAAUUGCAGAAAGUCAAGAAUGUUUUGAGACCACCGAAAACUCUCAAAGAAUUUCAUCAUCAUUACAACCUGCUUUUUAUUUACAAAAUAUAGUUACAGCAAAGAGUUCUCGAGCAGAACGACAUUCGUCACCAAGACCUGUUUCCAAAGAUUCCGAUCACAUGAAUGAUUUUUAUCGAUGUGGAUCAUGGAAUGUAGCCUUAGAUAACGAGGCAAUACCUGUGAAUCCGUCACAUACUUUAAGUGACUCUUUAUCGCAGUCAAAUAAUCAUCCAGUUAACGCACCAGAAUUAUAUGCACAAACAAUUGGGGCUAACUUUAAUCAGCGGACAGAAUAUAACCUUAACUUGGUGAACUACGCCGCUCGGAUGACUAACGAUUUCUGCUACGCCUACAAUAAUACGUCAGCCAACAUUUAUUACCCGCAUUUAUUGUCACAAACUCCCGUUAUUCUUUCGAAUGAUUCAUCGGUCAUGGUUAUCUCUCCAUUACCAUAUGAUAAUUGUAACAUAAUUACACCUUAUUAA